GCGGUUUUGAGCCGCCGGGCAGGGCCGGGUGCGACUCCGGCCUGAGCUCUUCCUGCGGCCGGUGGCACGGGCGGCUCAGGCGCCUGCCCCGACGACGAGGCCGAGACGCCGCACUGAAGCAGAUGCCCAAGCCCUUCCCAGUGCCGGAGGAGAAGGCAGAGCCGUGGCCAGCGGCGCAGCGCCCGGCCCCCCUCCUGCCGCCCGAGCUGGACCAGGAGCCGCAGCUUUGCCGGGCCCUGUUCGACUACACCCCGGAGCUGCCGGACGAGCUGCCGCUGCGGAGGGGAGAUGUCGUCCGGGUGCUCAGCAAGCAGACAGAGGCCGAGGGCUGGUGGGACGGGCAGUGCCAGCACCGGCGAGGGCUCUUCCCCAGCAACUUCGUGGAGCUCCUGCCAGCGCUGGUGCCCACGGUGAAGCCAGCAAUGCCAUCCCGGGAUGUGGAGUCCGGUGAGUGCGGCCACGGCGGCCAUCCGGCCCCGGGCUCCUUGGUGUCCCACCAGGACGGCCGGGCAGCCCCGCGGCCGGGCGCAAGGUGGGUUGGGGCAGCCGGGGAGCCGGCUGUGCCGGGGGGCAGGAGGAGCCCCAUGGGGCGCAGGGAUGCGGCGUGGACCGGCACCGAGGUGCUCUCUGCUUCGACUUCCUUCCCAGCGCAGAGCCGAUUUCCUCCAGCAUCACGUGCGCGCAGCCUGUAA